GAGAGAGGCACUCACACUGGAGGAGGCUACGGCUACAGCACCAGCGUUCUCUAUUCAUCCUUUCUUCUCCCAUAAUCCCACAUCCAUGCCAGGAGGAGACAUGGCUGGAUCCCUGACCCACUGAAGGAGAGAAAAGACUCAUAUGACCCCCACCCUGCCACCCCCCUUUUAUGUAGAGCUUUUUGGGGGUGUAGGAUCACCAACAGGGAGUAGAAGGAGGUGUGUACGGUACACACAAGGCAGGAGAGAGGGCAGGAAGGAGAAAGAAGAGGGGAGUAAAAUGUAGAUUUUCUUCAGCUGCAAAUGCCGUCAUCUGAAAUUGAGACAGGCUGAGGGAGAUUAGGAAAUCUGUGGGGUUUUUGCACGUGCGGAGCGGUGGCAGCCACUUGUGAGCCAAGAGGAGAGGGAAGAAAAUUUGCAUACGCGCACAGCUGGACAGAUGAGGAGGCAUCAGGGAGCACGCUUCAGUCCUGGGAGUCUGGUGCACUGACCCUGCCUGCAGCAGGCCAGGAGUCAGAGGACCAGGGCCAUGACUGAGUCUCCUGGCCCUGGUGGGCGUGCCUUAGUGCCAUGGCCGAGGGUGUGGCAGUGGGUCCUAGCUACCUCGCUGGUGUCUCUGCUAACCUUGACUCUGCCAGGGACCAGCCAGGCAUGUCCGCCUCGAUGCGAGUGCUCAGCUCAGCUUAGGUCCGUGUCAUGCCAGCGACGGCGACUCACCAACAUCCCUGAGGGCAUUCCCACUGAGACACGGCUUCUGGACCUCAGCAAGAACCGUCUCCGCUGGGUGCACGCAGGUGAUCUGACACCCUACCCACGGCUGGAGGAAGUGGACCUCAGUGAGAACCUCAUUGCCACGUUAGAGCCUAAUGCCUUUGCUUCACUUCAGAAUCUUAAAGUGCUAAAGCUACGAGGGAACCAGCUAAAGUUAGUUCCCAUGGGAGCCUUUGCCAAGCUGGGCAAUCUGACCAGCCUAGAUCUAAGUGAGAACAAGAUGGUGAUUUUAUUGGAUUACACCUUCCAAGACUUGAAGAAUCUGAAACACCUGGAGGUUGGAGACAAUGAUCUGGUGUACAUUUCCCACAAGGCAUUCUCAGGGCUGCUGGGGUUAGAGGAUCUUACAAUAGAGAGAUGCAACCUCACAUCCAUGUCUGGCCAGACGCUGUCAUACCUCCGCAGUCUGACCACUCUUCGCCUUCGCCACCUCAGCAUCACUGCCCUGGAGGACCAGAACUUUCGCAAGCUCUCCAACUUGCGAGGUCUGGACAUCGAUCACUGGCCAUACCUAGAGUACAUCUCCCCUCUCAGUUUUCAGGGCCUUGACCUCCACUGGCUAUCCAUCACCAACACCAACAUCACCUCUGUCCCGUCACCUUCCUUUAAGAACCUGGUUCACCUCACCCAUCUCAACCUGUCUUACAACCCCAUCACCACACUAGAACCUUGGGCUUUCAAAGAUCUGUUGAGGUUGAAGGAGCUCAUAAUGGUAAGCACUGGCUUGAUGACAGUGGAGCCCCACGCUCUCGGAGGCCUCAGACAGAUCCGGGUGCUCAACUUCUCCUCCAAUGACCUGCAGACUCUGGAAGAGGGUUCCUUCCACUCUGUGAAUAGUCUGGAGACCCUCAGAGUGGACGGCAAUCCCCUGUUGUGUGACUGCCGUCUGUUGUGGAUCCUGCAAAGACGCAAGACCCUCAACUUUGACGGCAGAGUUCCGGUGUGUGCGGGACCGAUGGAGGUACAAGGGGUCCUCCUCAGCGCCUUCACCGAUUCUGCACUCUUUGAUCACUUUACAUGCCAGAAACCUAAGAUUCGCAACCACAAGAUGCAGCAGGUUGUUGCUCGAGAAGGCCAACCAGUCAGCUUUCUGUGCCGGGCUGAUGGAGAACCACCACCUGCUAUUAUCUGGAUUUCUCCACAGCGUAGACGGAUCACAGCUAAAAGUUCAGGGCGUAUCACAGUUCUCCCCAGCGGCACCCUGGAGAUCCGCUACGCCCAGCUGACCGACAGUGGAACAUACAUCUGCAUCGCCAGUAACGCUGGAGGAAAUGACACCUACUUUGCCACUCUAACAGUGCGCGGCCAGCCACUAGACGCCGCCUCUGCCUUCUUUCUUAAUCGCUCACUGUACAGCGGGGAGUUCUUCAACGACACAAAUAUGAACAGCACACGUGUUUUCCUCAAGUUCACCUUGGACCUGACCACCAUCUUGGUGUCCACGGCGAUGGGUUGCAUCACUUUUCUUGGGGUCGUCCUUUUCUGUUUCCUGCUGCUGUUCGUGUGGAGCCGGGGACGCGGCCAGCGCAGGAACAACUUCACAGUCGAGUACUCUUUCCGGAAAUCUGAACCCACCACUGGGACCACUUCAGGAGGGACCAGAAAGUUUAACAUGAAAAUGAUAUGAAACAACGCAGCCAGGGGUCCCUCGGGGGAGGCAUGAGCACGUCCCAAAAACGUGUUUGACACACACAAACACACACAGCCACUAACUCACAAAGAAGUUUGAAAGCAUCCAUUUUUAUCUAUCAAAAAUGAAGAAAUGAUUUAAUUUGGUUUGUGAAACAAAAUCAAACCACCCCGAUUUGUCCACUUUGCCAUUCAGCUUCUGGGUUUUGAAAAAAUAGGUUAAUUUUUUUAAUUAUUAGAUAUUAUAGGAGAUAAGCCGUAAAUGAUCAUUCUAUAUUAAGUGCUCUGUAGAACAUGAAUAGUGCUUUUAUUAUGUUCCCUUAAUUGGAGAAACUAAACGUAAUUCUUUAGGAUUUAAGCAUUUUUGUAGUCUUGUCAGUGAUUUGCAAAGACAUGUCAUCCAUCAGCUUAAAACAUUUAUAGCUAAACCUUGUUCCAUUUUAUGCAUGUAGAGUAAUGAAGUGGUAGCUUUGUACCUCUGAAUAAAACGCAUGGUUUUGGAGUUUACUUUACAACCUUAUUCAGCUAUUUUGACACAGAUGAACAGAUCUAUUUUUUUCUUUUAGUAACCAAAAGGUUAAUUAAUGUAAAAAGUGAUAUAACCGGAAGAAUUGCUGGGUUUGGAUGACAAACAGAUCGAUAAAACCCCGUUUGGCCUUUGCUUCUUUGUGAGAUUACACCAAAACGUUAGCUGUGUGCGUUUGGGACGAGCAGAACGACCAGGAGUUUCUGUGGCUGCCUGUGGCCCAGAUGGUUUGAUUAAAAAGUCAGGACCAUCAGAAGCAGGCCCCCACAGGAACUAUACUAACCAGCUCAAUAGAGAGCAACGGGAUGUGGACUGGCAGGAUCAGAAGGGUUGCUGAGUUUGGGGCGAGGGAAGCCAUAAGUCACAUUGACCUGUGCUUCGUCUGCCUAACUGCACAAACUCUGGCAAUGCUCUCCAUCCCUGCUCUCUACCGUGUUGGCGGUCACCUGACCUCGCCAGCGCUGCCCGGGGGGAGCAGCCUGGAGAGUCGGGUUUUACUCCGAGGCAGAGAGAGAACUUCAGUCUCACAAGGAGGCGUGACACACUCACACAGGACGAGCCACAGCGGCACAUGUCUAACAGCUUUUCUCAGGAAGAGUGAAAUAAAUUCCCCAACAGAAUGAAAUUCGUCACAAGAACUGAUUCUAUAAAAAAGUAGAACAUUCCAGCAAUACCUUCUGCAUAGCCAUGGAAUAAACAUACAGUCUCCCAGAGAGCUCUGGUGUGACUUUUUAAAACUGAGCCAUUGUUAAGGUUAGGUUGGGUUUUUAUACAGUAGUCUGCAGAUGAUUAAGUUAUAUAAUCAUCACCACUGCCAUCCGACAAGCUUCCUCAAUGAUCACAAGACCGUCUGUUGUCACAAGGUGUGCAUGAAUUUGCACCUCAAAACACACACACACACACACACAAGCAGAAACAUCAAGCGUAUUGGACCUGGUAGAAAUAAGAAUCACGAUUACACAAAAACACACUUUUGUGAGGCUGACUGCUCUCCGUCUCAGAGAUGGUCGUUGUGCGAAUGUCUCUGCCCCCCUAGCCCAGUGCAUCCCCUCCUUCACCCCCACCCCCACUUACCCCCACUGGGUCCUCCUUUGGGAGGGGUCCCUGGCUGGAGUCCGAGACUACAAAUGUAAAUGAAGUUGUGUUUACCCUACGCCAUGUGCAUUGUAUAGUGGAGAGUAGUACUGUGGUUUUACUGGGAAAAGAAGUAUAAGAAACUUUAAUCAGAAGUGUUUGUUCCUUCUUGUUUGUCCUUCCUUUUAAUUUCUUAAGUUGGUGUCUGUGACUUUUUGGCUGUUUUAAAGUUCCUCAUCUUCCAAAUGGGACCAUCCUGUUCUCAACACCAGAAGGAGCCUUCACCGACAUCCCUGACCCUAAAGCCGAGCUAACGCUGUGGGACUUUUAGACUUUUUGAGGCGAUUUUCCCCUCGUUUGAUAUCUUUGAGAUUGGGGUGAGUUUUGCGUCGUACCUCGUGUAGUAGCCUGUACAGGGGGUAACGAGAGGCGAUUAACAGCUCGCGACCAGCUCCCAAUCGACAAUCGUGUGCUGGCACAAAUUUCAGGCGUGUUAGAUAUUUUGCUCGUUCCUCGUGAGUCGGGAGGGUCUUGCACUGUUGAAGCAGCAGCGCUGCGACCCAAAAGUAAUAGAACCGCCCACAUAGCGUAUGCGUCAACACAGCUCACCAGCUAUUUCCCUAUCAACACACGCCAUUUGUUUUCAUUUAUACACUUUCUUUUCACACACAAUGACAAGGAUUGACAAGAAAGCGUGUUUGAAGCAAACACAAACAAACAUUGAUUUACUUUUUUUCUCUCGUCUUCGUUCUCCAACCCCCAUGAAUCCCUGUUUGUCCUUCUAAACCAAUCCCAAGGGACAACAGACGUCAAUAACAACGCAAUAAAAAGUCCGACAUGUUGUGUAAAACCUGCCAGUUCUAGCAUUUUUUUGGGUCUGACAUUUUGCUACCAGACGCACAGAGUGAGCAAUCAGGUUGCAUCAGAGAACUGGGUCUUUAUGAGGAAGUUGUACAAUUUGAGAUGGAGCUGAAUGCUACGAGAAAAAGUCACACAGUGUCCGCUCGGCUUAACCCUAACCCAAACCCUUGGAAAAUAGAGGUAAUGUAAAGCACAAGCUGUCCUAAAACAUAAAUAUUUAAAUAGUUGAUAACUUAAAGUUUACUUAAAUAUCAGAGGUCUUUAGAUGGUUUCUUCCAAAAUUUCCUUAAAAUUGAAGCUGAUUUCCUUACUUUGAAGAAGCUUGAUCCACAGUAAUGCCCAGGGGUCUCAUUUGUCAAACAUUGCGUAGAAUCCUUGCUAAAACCGUACUUAAGCUCAGCAAAAAAAAUGGACUUACGCCAAGUAGGUUUGUGAUCUAUCAAACAUGGAGUACGCACAGCUGCACGCAAUCUCCGCUCCAUAAAUCGGAGACUAACAAGAAUGUUUCUCAGCUGCUUUUUAGUCACAUCCCGCCCUCACCAUGCCCACUUACUGCCAUAAAUAGUCAAUGCAAAGCGCCUUGUGGAUCUCAUGCAUAUACAUAAGCCGGCUGUUGCAGCGCUCUGCCAAUGACAUGGCGACCGUAGAUCAAGGCAGAUCAAGGAAGCUCAAUUUCACAGAAGCAGAAAUUGAGGUACUUGUGGGUGAGGUGGAGAAAUGAAAGGAAGUGCUUUUACAAAACAAAUAAGAGAAAAUCCACGGAGUGGCACAGCGUUGCUGAAGCCGUCAAUGUUGUGAAUUCUUCAGAGAGAUCUGUGGCAGAUAUAAAAAUAAUAGUCCAAACAGGAUUCAAUCCCCAGACUCCCGGGUAAAAGUCACACAUGCUAACCAGUCAGCCAAACGGAGAUCUCCUCUGUUCAAGUAGCCAGGGCGCAUGAUUAAUCGGGUCACAGUGACAGGACACACACUGUCACAGACGCAUGACAUUCUGUCUCAAUCUGCCCCCCUGCUGAUAUUCUGCAUUCCGUAUUCUGCGCUUCAGGCUGUGUGUGUGCGUGAGUGUGCGUGCAUGUGUGUGUACAUGUGCGUGUGUGUGUGCAUUUGUGCAUAUUCUGUGUGAAAACGAAGCAGUACAAGUGGUAAUGCUGCAGGAUUUCAUAAUUGUAUCCUUCUCAGCAGCAGCACUGCAGGUGCUCUCCAUGUCUAAAAUGUGCGUAAGCCAGGUCCUUAGUCAACUUAAAGUUGUGCACAUUUUUCUAAGUUUUCUUUGAUAAAUCCCAAAGUUUGCGUGGAAAGUUUCUUACGCAGUUUUCCGACCCCAUUUUGUGCGUAAGCAAGCUUGAUAAAUGAGGUCCCAGAUUUGUGACCCUGCUGGUAUUUUUAAGCUAGCAGCCUCAUUUGGCACCACCAACAAUUGCAUUCAUCACAAAAACAAGAGUUUUUCCACUUUGUGACACUUUGAAGUCUCAAAUUGCAUCAGCGCUUGAAGAUAAUUAAUCUUAGUUGAGCUUUUAUCUCAGCAACAAAAUAGUGUUAGAAUGCAUUUUGCACUUUUUAUAUUUUUUAAUGUAAAUAAUAAAUGACUUUCCCAUGCGGGUAGUUCUCCUUCAAGCACAAGUAUGCUAACUGUUAUGAUGAUGGUACCAAAUUGCUCUGUGCUGUUCCUAGAGCUAAUAUCCCUGAGGUUGCUCCUGGAGUCUGCUGGAAACAUCCAUCCAUCUAUUUUCUCCAAGGUCUGGUCUCAGAGGUAGCAGUUUCAGCAGGGAAGUAGACGGACAAGUCUUCAGAUCUUUAGGUCAGUUGUUUCUUUGCCAGAGAAAUACAUUCAUUACUGGAGCCCAGAUCAGUCCAUCUAGAUGGAUAAUCCUACUAAUAUGGGGUACUCAGAGCGUCUGUAAAUGCCAGCACCACUGAUGCCUCGAUUCAAGCUUCUUGUGUUCCUUCAUGUUGAUGUAACGGCCACCGUAGUCACUCCUGUAGUUUGGUGAUCACCAUCAUGUCCAGCUGAUCAGUCCUUACCUUGCUUCUCUGUAUGGAUCUGGAAGCUCCUGUAAGAUUUUCCUGUCACUCAGUUUGGGCACUCAGCCUCAUGUCCCUCUGGGGCUCAGUAGCCAUUCUUGGAUGGAAAAGUUUCUAAAAUAUGUCCUUUAACCUAUUUUAUACUUAUUGCCAUGUUCUCUUUGUUUUAUCUUAAGCCCAGAAUUUUUAUUAGUUGGCCAAUUAUUAAUGCAUGAGACUGUACACAUGGCGAUAAAUAAAAUCACAGUUGUACUAGUUUUGAUCCAACAGUGUGUGGUGUGCAGCAACAGGACUCAAAGGCAUUCCCCAAAAUAAAAUAUGACUUCAAAGUAAACAAGCGUGUAGGGGAAGGAGCGUCAAGCUCACUUCCAUCACCUCACUUUGUGACUGGCUAAAUGUCAUAUUCAACAGACAGCAUGUUCGUCUUCGAAAAUCAGACCAAGACAAUCCAACAUAACCAGAGUGGUCCAGACAUACUUCUGAGCAGACCAAAGCAUUCUUAGCACACCACACAAGGCAGGAUUGUCUGAUAAGAUUAUCUUUAGAGUUGUUACAACAAUCAUGGGCAACUUUAAGAUUGAUGGAAGGGAAGGAGCUGGUCAAAUAUCGGCAUGAUCAUCAGGAAUCCUCUUUCAAACACUGGUUAGGAUUUUUUUUAGGAUGUUGGGUUUUUAAGUAUCCAAUGGUCAGCGUCCUACCUGUGUUCUGGCUGUAAUGCCCAACACUAACCUCAUUAACUCAUAUGAUCUAAUGUGGUUCACAUUUAUGUGAAGAUAAAACAGCCACAUGAAUGGUGGAUAAAUGUCCUCAGUCACUAUUUUAACCCUCUGGAGUCGGGAGUUGCACGUUUGCAACGUUAAAACCUGCCUACCAGGUUACUCCACGUACGUAUUUCAUGAGCAUUUCUUAACUCAGAAGUACUCCUGAAGGACUUAGUUGUUCGUCCUUUUAUUAAAACUUAUUUUGAGCCUGAGAGGGUUAAGGAUGGUGUGAUAUAGUUGAGGAGCUAUAAAUGAAAGACGGACCUACUUUCUUUAACAGCUUCAUGGUUUGAAGAUAAUUCUUCAGUAAGAGUGGGAGAAAAAUCAAAUUUAUUUAAAAUGAAUCAUGCAAAUUCCAUUUUUGUCCCUUGUCGGAGAUGAUGAAACCACAGCUUUUUUUUUUGUAAAGAUGAAUAACUGAACAGCUGUUAAAAGAUUCAUGAGACCAAAUGAGAAUAGAUGAUAAAUCUGGCCUGGUUUAUAACACCGCUGUUAACAGUAUCUUUGGUGCUGAGAACGGGAUGUUGCCUUCAUGGAUGUCACUUCUCUCCGAUCCGAUCCCACUGUGUUUUCAUUCCUCUGUGUUUCCCAGUGAACAUUAGUUUUAGAAGACUGUGAGAAUGUCUGUGGUGAUUUUGAUGGUGUUCUCGUGUAAACCUCAUUCUCAAAUGUGAGUCUUGAUGAGUUUUUUUUUUUAUGUAUUCUCCCUCCUCUCACUCCCCACUCAUUUGCUGUCUUUUACUCACGUUUUCCUUUAAGCUUUUCCGACCCUCGUCGUCUCUGUUCACAGUAUUAGGCUGGAGUAUGGUUGUGUGGUAGUAGACACGUGUUCUGUGUGGUCGGUGAAUUGGUGUUGUAGAGUUAUGAUUCUUCGCUACUCGGGAUGUCACCAAACACAGAGCAGUGACUGGAUCAGCGGAGACAGAAGAAGAAAGGGGUAACCAGGGUUCCCUGAAAGUCAACAAAAACUUGCAGUUCCCAUUGCACCUUCUCAAUCCAGAACUUCACUUAUCUGCACACAGUGCAGCUCUGGGAUCAUUCUUUGAUGGGAAAACUCCACGGCCUGCACUGCAUGAUAUCCUGUCACACUUUAACCUGCAAAUACUGAAAAAUGGCUGUUUUUUUUUAUUGGUCAUAAAACUUGGAGUCAUUUUUUGCUUACUGCGUUUUGCUGUUAAUCUGUCAACUGGUCAGGGUUAAAAAGAAGUGAUUGUAUCUACAUAAGUCUCACCAGACCCUGAAAGCUGAAGCAGCUUGUUUUCAUGAAAGCUAAAUUUGAUUUGAAACGAAUAUACUUUUUGUUUAUUUGACCUUGCAGGAGAAAGCACACAUCUUGGUGGUUUGCUAGAUUCAUAAGUCUUGGACAUGUCAAAAAGCUCUACUCAAAAGUAACCAAAGUGCACAAAGCUUCACAGAGAGGGAGAUUUACUCAUGCACCCUGCCAUGAUUCUUCAGAAAGUGGGCUGUGAGAUCCAUCCCCUCCUCCCGGAGUUUCUCCUUGCCUGGGGUUAAUGUUCCAUCCUUCCUUUCAGUGGCAGUUGUCCCAAUAUACUUUCCACUGGGGAACUCUUCAAAGGCACAAAACAAAAUAAACCCUUAGACACCAUCAUUAUACCUUGGUUUCUAUUGAAGUCUGAAUUACUCUUAUUUUGAUUUGUUAGAAUGUUUCUAGUUCCAAAUUAAUGCUGAAGCCGAACUUGCAUUAUUCAGACUCAAAGGACUCAGUUUUACCUUCAUGAAUACAUCUCUCUACAUCCUAAUCCUGCUGCCUUCCUGAUUCCACAUAAACAUUAAGUACACCCAUCUAUCCCUGCACAUCCUCCAGCUGCUGCUUUGAUUGGAUUAGAUUUGAGCUGAAUUAUCGGAGCUAAGAUGAGCUGUAAUGGGAUGACGGAGAAGUGAGCUUGGCUGAUUGGAUGAUUACUUGCCUUAUUAGUUUGAUUUCCACAGCAGACCUCUAAGAACAUUAAAACAGUAAAUAGAGGGAACAUCUUUAUAAAGAUUAUGGCCGGUCAGGACUCUCUAAAGCUGGGUGUUCAGGUUUGUUUGAGCAGAGCUUUCACUGAAAAUCGCCUUAAUUAUGGCUUCAUCUUAAAGUGACAGUGUGUAUUUUUCCUGGCAAUAGGGGGAAGUAGAUACCUAAAUUGUUGCAAGCAAGCAGUAUUUUUGUGUUGUGGUAAGACUUUACCAACUGAUGCCCAUUAGGGUCUAAAAGCCCUGGGGAGUGCAAACUUCAGCAAACUAACAAGCACAUCAGACUCCCUUUCAUCACUGGCAAUGAGUGAAGAGGUAAAUGUGUAAAACAACAUUUAAGAAUGACAAAAGUUUUGUAACUGUUUGUUACAAAUCAGUAAAUGCAUUUUGUCCUCAUGGGCUCCUGUAGAAGGAAACAUGGCAUCUAAAUUGGCGUUGCCCAGAGACUUAGAUCCGCUCCCCUGUAUUUUAUACCUGAUUUUUAUGGUUACAUGUUACAAAGCUGCCAAUAUUUUGAAAUGACUGGGCAUCAUUUCAUUCAUUUUAAACAACAUUUUGAUGGAUAUUUUCAUAGAUUAAUGGUAAAAAACUACACAUUGUCUCAUUUAGCUUGACCAGAGCAGAGGUCUGAAAGCUGUACUGCAUUUAGUGAAGUCAUACUACCACCCAGUGGUCGGGAUGAGGAACUACACAGGACUCCACUGACGUGCUGGUUUUUAUGUAAAAUAAACAGAUGAGGAGAAAUCUGACUGUUAGCUUUUUACGUCUGAUUUAAUAGCCAUAGCAUGACUUCCUCUGGGCCUCAGAGUUUUGUUUCCUCUUCGGCAGAGGAAGCAGCAGUUUAAGGACAGCGCUCGGUCUGAAUAAACAGUUCUGACAAUGGGUUGUUGGGAAUGAGGAGAAAUUUAAUUCAUCACACAAACCACAAAAUGAAACAGCACAAUUAUGACUCUGUCUGUGAUUGCUGAUCAGCAGAUGAUUGGUUGUUCUAGAGAUCAAAACAACUCUCUCUCUCUCUCUCUCUCUCUCUCUCUCUCUCUCUCUCUCUCUCUCUCUCUCUCUCUCUCUCUUUCUCUCUCUUUCUCAUGGACUCAGCAGGUUGAAUCUAUGCAUGCCUUUUAGUAAAAUACUAAAACAAGUGACUAGUAUGGCCCAACUCACACCUGCAUUUGUACAAAGGGCCAGCAUCGUCACUGCUGGUCAAAGCAGAACGAGUUAGAGAAUGAAUCCAAUAUCAGAGACAAAGAAUCGUGUGCAGAUACUUAAAGGAGCGUGCAUCUUACAACAGAAACAAGUGUUUACUUGGGAUGAUUGUACUUUUACAACUGUCUACUCACCAACAUGUGAUCUGCUCUGAUGUACAUGCUGUAGAUAAAGAAAUUGAUAUUCCAAGCAGGUUGGUGGGACUGAUCAAUGCUGUAUAGACAGAAGAUUAUUCCAGGCAUAUUUUUAUUGAUUUAUGUUGAACGUUGUCACUCACAGAAAUUCCUCUAGGGAGUGAGGAGGCAUAAAGAUUUCCUGUAAACCUGGCUCUCACUCUGCUAUGUGUACUCAGUAGAAAUUCUGCUUCUUAUUUUUUUACUUUUUAAACACGAGAAGAUUUUUAUUUAUUAUUUGUUCCAGGUCUGAGCCGGUGGCCCUCUCCUCAAUUAAGCUGUGAUGAUUUAGCUCUGUUUUUUAUUGGAGUGCUUUCAUGCAUAAAACACAACAGGCACACUUCUUUUUAUGUCUCAUAUCAUCUCUUAUAUCCGCCUGGCACCGACCCUCGUAAAGCACUUUAUACAUCGCUCUCUCAUUUAGGUCAUUGCUGUGAUGCACACGGUCCCGGCUAACCUGUGAAAGCUGAGAACGUGUGCUUAAGACUCCAAUCAAAUGCAGAGCUGAUGUACAGACAAGCCAACUUGUCAGCUUUGAAUGGUGUCACAUGAUUUAUCAUUCAUACUGUAUGUGCGAGUGGCACAUCGAAGAGACUCUGACCCCAUGUCAGCUUCUGAGUUCUGAUGAUUUAUGCCACAACUACUUGAUCCUUGGAUGUAAAAAACAGAAAGUGUACAUAUUAGAUCUAUUAGCCAUAUGACGUCAUCCAAUCUGUAGACUUAAUCGCCAUGUCUGAGAGAGGAACAUGACUGUUGAACUGUAAAUAGUGUAGGUAUAGUAAUAUAGGUUUUAACUGCUGCUUUUUGCCUCCAGGGAUCAGAUCCUGCUCAGUGCCCAGGCUGCUUGGUCUCAAAAGGAAGGAUAAAAAUGUCUAUAAAACACACAUUAUUUCUUCUUUUUUUUAUUCAGUGUAUGUUUUAUAUGCUGUCUGUCUUGUAAAUUUACUCCUUUUUCGUCAUAAAAGCAUGAUGUGACUAAAAUGA